AUGCCAAUCACGGCGCACUCUACUGCGAACCGUUCCGGAGAGCAUUGUAGGGAAACGUCAAGGCGACCGAUUUCCCUACAGUUGAUUGACCCUGGCUGUCAUUCCGAUACUCAUCCGGUUGUGCUGCUAGGCGGCAUGUGCUUUGCCGGAUUGUUGAUUGCCUGCACCAAAGUGAUUUAUCGAAGAGGUGAGUUGCAUCCGGAGUUGAAUUUAGGUGCCACUUGA